CUUUUAAACUCGAAGCGCCAUCUGAUGUAGAAGAAUCAAUCCUCGGUUGACAAAAGGUUAGAAAGUUUCUCUAUCUGGCGGAAGAAUGGCGGAAGAAAAGAAAGAAGCUACUGCGGCUAAAAAGCUUCCAGCAGUACCAGAAUCGGUACUGAAAAGAAUAAGACGACGCGAGUCGGUAAAAGCUGCACGUUUACAAACAUCUAUUAAGCAACGUGCAAAUCGUUAUAAAAAGAGGAAGAUUAUCUUCAAGAAGGCCGAAAACUAUGUUAAGGAAUAUAGAACAAAAGAAAGAGAUGAAAUUAGAUUAAUCAGACAAGCAAAAAAUCGUGGAAAUUAUUAUAUUCCUGGUGAAGCAAGACUAGCAUUUGUUAUUCGUAUACGUGGUGUUAAUCAAGUUGCGCCAAAAGUACGUAAGGUACUUCAGCUUUUCCGUUUAAAGCAAAUCAACAAUGGUAUAUUUGUAAAACUUAACAAGGCCACCAUAAAUAUGCUUCGCAUUGUGGAACCAUACAUAACUUGGGGAUAUCCAAAUUUGAAGUCUGUUAGAGAAUUGAUUUAUAAACGUGGUUUUGCUAAAGUUAACCGACAACGUAUUCCCAUUACGAGUAACAGUAUCAUCGAGAAAAAGCUUGGUCGUUCAGGAAUUAUCUGUAUGGAAGACUUGAUCCACGAAAUAUUUACAGUAGGACCCAAGUUUAAAUAUGCAAGCAAUUUCUUAUGGCCUUUUAAGCUGAAUACUCCUAACGGUGGAUGGCGUAAGAAGACAAAUCAUUAUGUAGAAGGUGGAGACUUUGGAAAUCGCGAAGACAAAAUUAAUGAGCUUCUCAGGAGAAUGGUUUAAGAUUAUAAUCUUGAUAAAUAAAACCUUACAAUCAUUAAA